CGGAUGUCGUCGUCGAGGCGCGGGUUCGCGGGUCUCCUCGCCGCGGUCCGCGCGGCAUCGCGCGCGCCGUCGUCGACGGCGCCGUCGUCGACGAUCGACGCGUUUUCGCGCUCGCACCGGCGCUUCCUGCGCACGACGACGACGCCGCGGUGGCGACGGCUCGAGACGACGACGACGACGACGACGCCGGCGACGAUCUCCGUCUCGUCUCCCUCGCUCCUCCUCCUCCGCUCGCCGCCGCCGUCGUCGUCGACGCGCGAUACGCGACGAGGCAUCGUGUACCGCGCCGGGAAGAACAAGAUGAAGACGCAAAAGGACGACAACCUCGACACGGGGAAGACGAACCAAGGGCUGCGCGUCAACUCGCAGAUCACCGCGCGGCAGAUUCGACUCGUGAACGUCCCCGACGGCGACGACGACUCUGACGACGAUUCUGACGACGAUUCCGACGACGACGACGCCGCCUCGGAGGACGCCUCCAAUACCUCCAAUACCUCCUCCUCCUCCUCGAAGCCGUCGCACGAGAUCAUAAGCACGCUCGUCGCGCUCCGACGCGCUCGCGACCUAAACCUGGACCUCGUGGAAGUGAACCCUCGCGCGACGCCGCCGGUGUGCCGCCUCAUGAGCUACGACGCGUAUCGAUACGAGCUGAAGCUGAAGGAUAAGGAAGCGCGUCGCCGCGGCGUCGACCGACGACGCCAGGACGUCAUCAAGACGUUGCGGCUGAGCGCGAGGAUCAGCGAUAACGAUCUGAAGACGAAGGCGGUCCAGGCGACGAAGUUUAUGGCGUUGGGGCACGGCGUUCGCGCGCGGAUCGAGUUUAAGAAGAACGACGGCGUCGCGCCCACCGCGGCGAUGCGGCACGCCGCGGGCGAAAUCUUGUUCAAAGGUGCGCGCGUCGUUAUUGUUGCGCAUUUCUGA